AUGGAGUCUGCGCGACUCACCCAGCUUCGCGAGCGUGCAGCAGCGCUUCGCGACGAGCUGAAGGCCAAUGCAGCUCUUGCACUGACCACCGUGGAGUCAAUCGUGUUGCAGGCGGUGGAAGCAAAGAUCGAUGAAGCGGUCAGCGAGGGUGCCCUGCCUGAGGCACACAAUGCCGCAAUGCUUUACUGGAACUCUGCGCUUUCAGAUAAAGAUGAAAAUGUCACUUUGACGUUUGAUGGUGACACGCUUGAUGAGCUCGAGGAUUACGACCAAAGUUUUCUUGAGGAUCAGUCUGGUGACACUGAGUUGCUGCCUGAGCUGUGUCGGCCUUGCACUUCAGACAUUGAGCCAGAGCUCUCUCCGGAGGAGCUAGAAGCUUUGGAUGUGAUUGCUGAUGGAGUUGAGAUUGCUAGGCUAGAAGGCAUGACUGUGCUGCUUCCUGAGUCAGCAGCUCAUAACGAUGAGUACGCAGGUCAAGAGGCCACUCACCUCACCACGCGCAUGGUGCGCACGUGGCGUGAGAAGGAGCUUGGUGGCUCCCCAGUUUGGUACCGACGCAGCCGGUACGUGGCCCGAGAGUAUGCGUGGCUCAAUGAGCGUCAUGACCUCUUUUCGCCCGCCUCCACAGCACUUUCGAACCGCUUGUUGCCGAUCCAUUACCUGUGUCACGAGCCUGACCCUGAUGAUCCUUGGGUCAUGGUCGCCCUCGACAUCCGUGACGCUUACCUUAGCGUCAAGCAGACCCGCCUGGUCAUUGUGCAGCAUGCAGGUGUCCGCUACGUGCUGGGACGAGUCCUGCCUGGACAGCGGGACGGAUCCAAGGAGUGGUACUUGGCAUUUUCCAGUUUUCUUGAUGAAGCCUUGGGUUUUAAGAAGUGUGAUGCUCUGCCCUCGUUGAUCCGCGAGCCAGCUUCCAAGUUCAGUAUGCAGAUGCAUGUCGAUGACUUGUUGGGUGCAGGCAGCAAGCGCUUUCUUCUUGAGCGCCUCCGGCCCACGCUUGAAUCAAAGUAUCGUGUAAGCAUCCGCAUCCUUGAGGCUCCGGGGGACACGAUUUCGUUCUUGAAGCGGCAUCACACACUUCUUGCUGGCGGUAAAAUGCUGCUAACACCCUCGGCCAAGCAUUUUGAAAAGUUGUUUUCUGUGAUGAAAAUCGAUGAACGGAGUGCUCCGAAGAAGACUCCUCAUGCGCCGCAGCUUGAUGAAGUAGACAACAGCGAGCUUCUCGCGUGUGCAGAUGCAAAGGCUUUCCGCUGUGCCAUUGGCAUUCUUUUGUACUUGGCAGUGGAUUUGAUCGAGUGUCAGGGUGCCAUCCGUGCGUUGAGCAGCUACAUGAUUUCGCCAACACGCAAUGCGCAGGCUGCUUUGAGGCAUCUGUUGAAGUAUCUUCUUGAAGGCCAACACCAUGGUCUCUUGCUUGAUCGCAGAAACUGUUACAACGGAGUUUCCGGCGAGAUUCCGAGAACGAGCCAGCCGGUCCUGUGCUUAGAAGCUUUUUCGGACGCCAACUGGGCGGUUGCCUUUUUGUACAGCUCUAGCCGUACACAAAGGGUGAUUGCUUUGAGCUCAGGGGAAUCGGAAUUGCUUGCGGCGACGUCUACACUUUGUGACGCUUUGUUUGUUCGGCAGCUGCUCGCUUUCAUUGCCGACGAUGAGCCACCCCAGAUUCAUCACUUCCUGGACGCCAGCGCUGCCAAAGGCAUCAUGGAGCGAAGCGGCGUCGGCCGCGUUAGGCACUUGAGCGUCCGAGUCUUGUGGACUCAGCAGCUUGUUGCGGAUAAGAUCAUCAUGCUUCGCAAAGUUGCAACAUCGAUCAAUGUGGCCGACCUGAACACCAAAGGCCUUUCUCGGAGCCGCAUGCUCAUGCUUUUGCACAUCAUCGGUUGCUGGCAUACUGUGCAUGAGUGCUUUGUUGGAGAAGAUGAGAUUGCUGAUCUACGCUACAAGCAAGCAAUGAAGGACGCUGUGCGUGCCGUCCGCUCCACAUCGAGUGCGUCCGUGAGUAAGCCUAUGAUUCAGGCCAUUGUCAUCGCUGUUGUGAGCGCCUUGAGUCGUGCUGCGGAUGAUGCUGACGGUGACAACGGCUUGGAUGACUCAGGAGCUGAUCUUCCUGACUGGGCUAACCGGGUCCUUGUGUGGUUCUUAGGACUGUGGGUCCGCGAUGACACUGGCGUGUCUGUCAUCGACAUGCUUGUGCAGCCCCAUGCUUUGGUCCUUGCGUGCGUGACAAUGCUGAUGCUUGUGUUGUGCAUCCGCACUUUGUGCUGCAGGGUAUCUGAUCGCGGCCAGGUCAAUGUGCAGAUCGCUGGCCCUCGUGAUCAUGUCUCCUUUCAGUUUGAUCGCCAGCUCAAUUUGCAUGUUGGAGUUGGUGCGCCUGGGACUCCUACGAAUCCUCUGUCUUUCGACUUUGAUGGUGAUGAUAGCCCUCCACAUGUUUUGUCCGCGCUACGCAAAGGUGCAAGGCCCAAAGCUUCUACCAGACCAGGUCCGAGGUACGAAGAUGAGGAUGCUCCUCAUCCCGACGCGAGUUCGUCAGCAGCACCGCCCACUGGUGCGAUGAAUGCAGUGCAGGCUCAUGUGCCUCCUGCUGACCAUGCAUCAGCACCUGGAACACCAGCAGAGUCAAUGAGUUCGCAGCUUUCGACGCAGUCGUUCCGUGAGCUGCACGGGUACCCUAUCGCCGUGGCACGGAGGAUGAACCACCGUGGGAGCCUCGUGUGGGUGUCGCACACGGGCCGCUGCUAUCAUCGUCUCCGGUGCUUUAAGCUUGAUGGGUGCGAUCGUGUGAAGGCGUACGAGCGCCACGAAGCACAGAACCGCGGACUCCGUGCAUGCAAGAAAUGCAAUCCUUGA